UGAUCUCCAUCCUUAUAUAAACCAUUCCAUACGUUUGGAAACUCAUAUAUUUAUUCCUCGUCUAAAAAAGAGAGAAAACAAAGAACAAAGCCAGAAAUAUUAACUUCUUCAAUUCCAUAUUUAUUACAUACUUAUACGAUGGAUUCGAUUAUGGGAAGUAGCUUUUCAGGAUCGGAUAUGGUGAUAAAGGUAGCGAUAUUCUUUAUGGUUCAAGCUUUGGUGUAUUUGAUCCUUUCGAAAUCGUCGACCAUAUUCUCGAACAGUGAUCUGAAGAGGACCCACAGCUUCCGACCAGCUCGCUCUCUCUCAAUCCGCCGGUUCAUGGCUGCUCUGGCCGAUAUGCCCGCCGGCGGUGAGCUCUCUCCUUCGGUACCGAAAGGAUCCACGGUAGCGGCAACCACACCUAAAUCUUGUUCUGCUCGUCGUCAAAAUUAUGCUUCUUAGGUUCUUAAUUAGCUAGCUAGCUGUAUAAAAGUUUGUGUUUGACUAUUGGAUGUUUUGAUUAAUAUUGUAUUGCUGUUUGAAUGGUUUAAUUUGUCAGUGUGUACAAGAUUCUUUUAUUCUUUGGUAUAUUUCAUUUGUAUAAAGUUAUUUUGAAGGUUAUGGUUAUAUUCUGUAUGAAAACAUUUUAUUAGAAUUCAACUGUGUCAAAGAUAUCAUAUUACUUUGAGCCA